CGCACAACAACACCACCACCACCAUGUUCGCCAUCGCCUCCGCGCUCACCAUCCGCCCCGCCGUCAAGGUCACCGCCCGCAAGGCCGUCAAGGUCUCCGCGUUCUACGACCCCGACCAGUACGACCACGACGCCAACUCCGGCCGCGGCUCCGGCUUCGUCGCCACCCAGGCCCGCCCCACCGCCAAGGCUGCCUCCGUGUCCUACGCCGCCAAGCCCACCCGCGUCACGCGCGGCGCCGACGGCGUCGUGUACGACCCCGAUCAGUUCGACGCCGACGCCAACGUCCGCUCCAACGCGGUCGCCUACAAGCCCGCCGGCGGCGCCAUGCGCGCCCCCGCGGCUGCCUACGCCUCCGUCGGUGCCAAGCCCUCGCGCGUGACCCGCGGCAAGGACGGCGUCAUCUACGACCCGGACCAGUACGAUCCCAACCCGUAAACGGGCGGAUCGAGUCGGCCGAUGAGCUCUCGGGUGGUAUCGAUCGCCCGAUCUUCAAGCAGCUCGCGCCGCGGUCGCCCCUCGGCGGCGACGAACGAACACAUGGGCGGAGGGAUCUCCACCUCGGAACUUCCUCUCGUAUUACCCAGCCUGUGUUUAGUUCGCACUGGGCAAUUAGUCUGAUUAGCGCACCCCUGAAAGUGAGGGUUUGAUGAUUCAAAAACGAGUUGCAGUC